GAAAGCUUGUUCCUUUGCUGAAAGCAGUGUGCGCGUGUGUGUUUGCUUGGAGGAUGUAAACCCAUACGGUACGUACCUUUCAGAGCAGGUUCAUCAUCUCAGAGGGUCUCCAUCCUGUGGACGGUUAAACACAAAGAGGGCAGUCUGGCACCUGAGGGGAAAGAAAAGAUCACAAGCAGGAGAUUUGAACUGGAUAGCAGGCACUACAGAAGAGGACCUGGGGUCUGGACUGAAACAAGAACUGACUGACAUACGUGUUUUGGAUAACAGCUGAGGAUGAUAUGAUCUGUCAUGUGGAGGACGCAGAGGCCGAUGAGCUUCUCAAUGAGCUUGUGCUUCUGUCUGUGAAAGAACCAAGAAACACAUCCAACAUCACUGCCAAGCAGAGCCAAAAUGCCUUCAUUUAAAGAAACCAGCUGCAGUCUGGGACUUUAACCCAGAAACGCAGCAGAUCCUCUGGGCUAAAGUGAGAAGUGUGGACGUGGAGCCUGCUGCCUGUCAGCUCGGACCCAGCGCCUGCUUUCAGUCCUAAUGCCUGGACUGUUUGACAUCAAGACACCACAAGCAGGAGAGAUCUUCAACAUGAACACAGACAGUGGAGGACAUGUCCGCAAAAGUGCCACGCUUUCACUCACUCUAACCCCCAUGAAGAGAAUCCAGAGCUCACCAAACCUAUACACGCUCACAGACUCUGAAUCACAAUCUAAAGAUUCAGAUUUGUGGAGGCCCAGCAGCAGUACCAGUGAUGGUCUGAGAAAUGGUGACGUGUGUUCUUCUUCUCUGGCAGCUAAAGGCUACAGAAGUGUCAGGCCCAACUUUCAGGAUAAAAAGUCUCCCACACCACCUGAGGUGCCAGUCCUCCUCAAACAAACCAAUCCCGGAACAGCACUGACCUCACAGUCAGCACCUAACUGGCUCAGACUCUCCCUCGAUUUCAUCAGAGCUGACCUUCACCCCGAGACCCCUUCUCCAGGCCCUCCCUCUCCGCUGGGGCAGAGCCGCUGCUCUUCCCGCACUCAGAGCGAAGCGUCCACAGCGGUGCUGGAGGAGUUGAGGGUGUGUGGACUAGGCCCAGAGGGUGGCUCUCGUACCCCUUCUCCAACCCUCAGCCUGAUGAGUGCGGUCACAGUCAACAUGGGGUUACACUCCCCUCCAGCUAGCACCGCUCAUGGCCAGAUGACUAUGAACGGGGGUCUGAGUGUACCAGCAAGUCCUCGUAGUCACUUCCAAAGACCCUUCUCUCCCUCAACAUACCCCCGUCCUCCUUCACUGAGCCCUAGUAUUACAGCCAUGCAGCAGGCUAGAAGCACUGCCUCUGAGUCUAGCACUCCCAUCUACGCUAACGUGGAUCCUCCUGCACGAGCACCACAGACUGACAGGAAAGAAACAACAGGGAAAGCUCCGCUCUACACUGGCAUCGGUCCCGUGGAUGAGUCUGGGAUUCCCGUUGCCAUACGGGCGACUGUCGACAGGCCAAAAGAUUGGUACAAAACCAUGUUCAAACAGAUUCAUGUGGUGCCUAAACCAGAUAACGAGUGGUCUGGGUCCCGUACUGCCACAGAUCCUGUUACAAGUACUGGCACAACUAUUUCCAAACAAGAUAAGCAUGCUGCACCUAAUGCUGCUCAGGCCCAUCCUGCACCUAAAACCAGCACCUACUGGCCCAUCACCAAGAGUGUCUCUGAUAACGGAAUAUAUGGUCUCAGGGUGCCUGCCUCCUCUUCUCUCCCGACCCCUCUGCCCACAUCAGCAUCCACACAGCAGAGAUCCAGCGAAAGGGAGGCACCACAGAGAGGCAGGAGCACACCUGACAUGAAUGAGUGGGGGCCUCCUGACAGAAAGGUGGACACACGGAAAUACAGAGCAGAGCCGAGAAGCAUCUUUGACUAUGAGCCGGGGAAGUCAUCUAUUUUAGAGCAAGAGAGAGCGACAAGUAACUUAAGGCCAGAGGACAUAGAUUUAGAGAAUGAGCCGUGGUAUAAGUUCUUUGCUGAACUGGAGUUUGGGCGGCCGCCUCCAAAAAAACGUCUUGAUUACAAUCCAGAGAGCUCUCCUCGAUUCCAAGCAGAGACAUCCCUUUAUCAGCCAUCCAUAGAGAGGAGCCUUGAAAGGCUCUCAAGCUCUGCCAUUGAUAACAAGAGACGGAAAUCUGAACCUGCAGCCACUCAGUCCAGGGCUCAGAACAGUGUGGGCACAACACAAACAUCUGUCAGACCACUAGAGCUACCCAGGAGCAGCAGCACCCAGAGGAAUCCCCUCACCAGCCCCAGCUCGCCCGCCACCACCAGGACUAAAGGUGGGGAUGUGAGCAAUAUGCACACAGCACAUUUAAAUUGUCAAAGUCCAAACCAUGCUACCUCAGAAUCCACAUAUCAAAAGAAAGGGCAAUAUGAGGACAGUUUCAUAGCUGUCCCAGCUGUCUCAGAAGGCUUCUCCAGCCUCCCCGAAGGCUGGAAAAAAGCCCAAGAGAACCCAGAAGACUGGAUGAUCUCAGAGGAGACCACGUCUAAGCUCAAAUCCUGGAGUUGUGAUGACCUUCUCUCUGAGGGGAGGGGAAAGGAAGUGCAGACCCGUUCGGAAAGCACCGGCUUUUUGUUGCACAACGGGGAACUAGAGGCAUCACAAUGCAUUGGCGCCCAAGAAUCUGAGGAUCCUAGGGAGAGGACAAGGCACCGCUCAGCCCACGAUGCACCAGGCUUCCUCAAACUCUACAAAAAGAUGCAUCACAUCAACCGACAAGAGCUGAUAAACUCUACGGUGAUAUGCUCCGUCAAAGCCAGGAUCCAUAAGUAUGAGAGCGAACAGCGGAAGGACAGACGCACUGGCAACAAGGGCUGUAACGAAGAGGUGCCUCGGGACAUGGUGCACAAUAGGAUUUCUGAAUUCGAAAGUCUAAUCCAGAAGUCCAAAUCCAUGCCAAAUCUUGGGGACGAGUGCCUGAUCAGGAGUUCUUGUAGGAGGGCCAGCAGUCCCAAGCGUAGCCUCUCUAUUGAGUCAUUACUGGAUGAAGAAUCACCUGCCAGAAAUCCUCCUGAAGGACGGCCUCAAUACCCCAAGAUAAGCACCCACAUGCCAAUCCACAUUCAAGUCACCAGUGACCAAUUACAGAACUCUGCCAUGCAACACGACUACUCAGACAGCGAACAUGAUGCUGUAGUGUCUGACCUUAGCGACUUCAUCCAGAUUGAGGGAUCAACCUUCUGUAGUGAGAGGGAGUUUGACGUGUGUUCAUUUGCCUCCUCCGAGAGCUUCUGUGGAUCUGGGCACCACCAUCAUUAUCACAGGCAGCUUGUGAGCUCCUGUAAGGGCCGCUGCCCGGCUUCCUACACGCGCUUCACCACUAUGAUCAAGCACGAGAGGGCCAAGCAGGAACGGAGGCAACAUUUGCGAGUAGAGGAGUCUGAGUUCGGCCUCAGCAAACUCGCCUUCCUGGUCAGCCCAGUGCCUUUCCGCCGGAAGAACCUGUCACCUUUGAGUUGUUCCCGAGUGCCAAACUCUAAGAGCUGUAUGUAUGAGGCUCUAGAUUCGGCCCUGAAAGACAUCUACGACCACAUCCACGCUGAGAAGCACAGGGGUAACCUGCCGGACAACAGCAUCCUUCAUAGGUUGCUGGUGGAGUUGCUUCCUGACAUUCCUGAGAGGAAUUCGUCUCUACACGCACUAGAGAGAAACAGCCCAACAAUUCAGCCUCGCUCUUGCCACCCACAGCCUGACGGCAUGCCCAGCCAGGACACUCACCAAUCUGAGUACUCACGCCUGUCCUAUAGUGCCUCUCACAACCAUAUAGACAGCAACAACAACCAGAGGAAGCACAACUUUGAAUACUGCUAUCAAGAUCAGGACACAUCCAGAGAAUACUCUUACCCUGAUGUGUGCCACCGCACACCACAGAGCAGGAGACAAACCCCUGAUGUCAAAGAGAAACUGCCAGCCAGAGCAAUAUAUGACUUCAAAGCACAGACAGCAAAAGAGCUGACGUUUAAGAAAGGAGAGACGGUAUACAUCACUCGGCAGAUAGAUAAUAACUGGUAUGAAGGAGAACACCGCGGACACAUGGGCAUCUUCCCCAUCUCAUAUGUGGAGAAAAUCCCCCCUUCAGAGAGACAUCAGCCAGCUAGACCUCCUCCACCAGCCCAAAGCAAAGAAAUUGGGGAAGCAAUUGCCCGUUACAACUUUAAUGCUGAUACUAAUGUGGAACUUUCAUUACGAAAAGGCGAGUGUGUUGUUCUGUUGCGGCAGGUGGAUAAGAACUGGUUUGAGGGCAAAAUCCCAGGUACAAACAAACAAGGGAUUUUUCCUGUGUCGUAUGUGGACGUCGUUAAGAAGGCUUCAGUACAAAGUACCGGUCAACCUCCAGGGCCCAGUAUACCCUCCAGCUACUCCAGUGACAGGCUAAACAGUAGGCCAUCAUCUGCACGUACCCUCUACAACUCUCCAUCCCCAUCUGUCCGUCCACUCUCCUCAUCCUCUCCCAGUCCACAGAGAGCUGCACACCUUCAGGCCAUCACCAGCGAGUGGUUGGCCCUUACUCUGGGUCUGUCUCCUUCAGGAACCCCUGCCCCCACACCUCCUCCCUUCCCUUCCAAUUUCCAGCCAUACUUUGAAGUGUUGGAUUCUGCCAUCUCCCCUUCUCCUGCCUCCUCCAUGCUGGGCCGCUCUCCAGCCCUCACUCCCCACACCUCCACUCCUGCGCUCAAAGAGGGUCACUUCAUUCCCAUCACCUGCCCAAAGUCCUACAUGUCCCCCGAUCCCAGCCCGUCACCUCAACCUUACCUCACCUCCGCCUCCUUCACUCCUUCGCCCACCUCACCCAUAUUUGACUCCAGCCCCAGGUCUAGCAGUGUCAUAGAGAUCUUCUCCAGCCAAAAAGCAGAUUUAGCCGAGAAAGAACUGCAGUUGUUCUCAGAUCGCAAAGACCUCCACAAACCAGUAGAGACAGACCCGCCUAUUGACUUGGUUGUUUUAGAGGCAUAUGAAUCCCCAUUGGACAUUCUUCCACCUAAAGACCCCGAGGAUGAUCUGUGUGAGGAGUUAGUGUCAAUCAUUAAGGCCAGCCAAUCAAAGGGCAGGUUCAAAGAAGAGGAGGGAUUUUAUCGCCAGGAACCAGAUAUAAUGGAAAAGCUUCCCAGACUGUUUAUAGAGGAGGAGACAAAUGAACCCCUGCCAUCAAAUACAUUUACUCCAGUCCAACCCGCCCAUAGUGAGGGGUCAGAUUUUGAGCAGGGUGAAGUUUCCCAGAAUGCCUCUCCACGUCUCUCUCCCCUGUCCUCACAGAUGUCAUUGCCGUUCAAACUGCCCUCAUCGGCUAAAUACUCUCCCCCUUCCCCGCGCUCCACCCCCCCUCUGCCCGGGGUUUCACAGUCGCCCCCUCCCUCUGCAAAACUGUUCUCUCGACAGGACCUCCGCUCCCCAAAGGUCAAGUCUGUGUUAAGGCGUGAUGUUGUGGUUGUUGGUAAGCCCCCUCGUAGCCCUGUGAUGUCUAGGAGGUCCUGCGGAUCGCCUGUUAGAGGUCAAACCUUUUCGUCAUCUCAUAGGUCCCAAAGACAAGCAUAUGUUCAUGAUCCGCUUCAAGGUGCAGGGGAACCAUUUCAAGCCCUGUAUAACUACAUGCCACAAAAUGAAGAUGAGCUGGAACUGAAGGAAGGAGAUGUUGUUGACGUCAUGGAGAAGUGUGAUGAUGGAUGGUUUGUAGGAACGUCCAGGAGAACCAAGUUUUUUGGAACCUUUCCUGGGAACUACGUGAAGCGGCUAUAAAUGGACUUUUCCAAUACACAUCUACUGUGGAGAGAUGGACAAUGUCACUUACAGCUACCUGCUGGAAUUAGCAUGACAUGUUCCAGUCAUCAACCUGUUGGACUGACGGAAAGCGAUGAAACUGAUGAAGUGAUGAAAGGCCAAUGGCCUUCGAGGGGUUAUUGCACCAUUUAUGUCAUUUGGUUCAAAUAUGUUGAUAAUUACAUUUGGAAAGCAUUACAUUAAUUAGGAAUUUCAGUAAAAGCUUUAAAAGAUUUGGUUGCCUACAUUUUUCUCAUAGUUGAAAAUAAUCAGUUCGCUUGCCUUCUAGUUAAGCUGAUGAAUUUCAACAUAAUGAGUUAUCAAGUGCCCUAUUUAUUAAGAGGCACGUUUUCUUUCAUUGGAAGGAUGAACUACAGUAGGUGAGGAAUGAUCUACUGCUGGUGGCCCUUGUACACUGGACCUGAUGUCUGAUCUGAUCUAGAUUGUAUAGACUGAACAGUAUUGCAGUGUCAUGUUUGUGUCAGGCAGUGGAUAUUACAGAUGACCAUUCCUGCCAACCUGUAUCUUUUCAGUAUGUUAUUAACUUUCUGGUUCAGAAGAAUGACCUCCGGUUUUCUAGGGCUCUAACGUUCUUCCUCCAGACAUUCCUUUGAGCAUUUGAAGGAUUUUACAGAUAAGAGAAAAAUAUUUUUGAUAUUUUUCCAUCUAAAGAGAUAACGUUUUUGAGAAUGCAAUAUCCAUAACAAAAAGCAUUUUGGCAAAAGACUGUAGUAAAAUGACUCAAUGUCUCUACUGCCUAUAAUAUUUCUGUGUUGGGUGACCUUGCACAUCACUUUUGGUUUACACACUGUAAUCUAUUUAUGGCCAUUAAGAGGAGCACAUGAUACAUAAUUACUAAACUGCAAUUGGCAGCCACGUAUUUUGUAUAUGUCGCCUUCCGAUUGGUUCAAUUUGAGUGAGGAAAUGUACGUAAAAAUCUAUUUUUGUUCAUUUGAUCAUUCAGCAAACGUUUUUCAUUAUGAUAUACUUAAUAUAUUGUUGAUUGUUCUACAUGUCUAUGAUCUCUUUUCAGCACAGCGAUUACACUCUCAUAUUCAAAUGUUCAAUUUAAAAUAUGCAGCGUUUCAAUCUUCCAGUGAGACUGUAUGACUAACCGUUUUAUUCCAGUCAGUAAAGCAAGAAAUGUAAAUGUGUCAGUCAGUAGAAACAUGAACCAAUAAUAUGUCAUUUAGGCAAUAUUAUACCUCAUGGAAUUAUGCAGUCUCUGUGUCUGUCAAUGUGCUUAAUGUACCAGUAAAAUCCUGCGCAUGUUGUUUCAUAAAGGAUUGCUCAUCAGUGCAAACGUAUUAUUGUACCAGUAUGAGAAUUCAUCUGGCUCUGUGAACCUAAUCUUCAUUGUGGUUCAGUUAAAGACUUGGCAGACUGUCUUCCAUUCUUAAGCAGAAGUGAAGUAAACUGUGCUGUUCCUGGUGCAUAAUUUUACCACAUGUAAUUUAUGUAAUGACAUGGCUAUUUGUAAUAUUUAAUAAUGCACAAUUCAGGAACACAUGUUUAUAAAGUACAGAACACUGUGAUAUGUUCAGUAAAUUAAACCUAUCUGCCACUGACUGAACAUUAGAUUUGGUGCUAGAGUGUGUGAUGGACUCUGAUUGGAUAAAAACUGACAAUUGCUCUAAUAUCAUUGGUCAAAAACAGAAAAAAUAUAACAUCACUGAAUUAUAUAAAGGAAUGCCAUGCAGAGUCCUCAACCACUGCUGCUGGUUAUAUCAACAAGUGCAACCACUGAUUAAUAAACAAAAAGUGUCUGAUUAGGUUUUCCAAAAAAGUAAAAGCAAUCAUUGAUUUUGAAGCCUUUGUCUUUUUUCUCUGUGGAAUAGUGAAUAAAUAAAUUCUAUCAGUUUUCAUCAGACUAUGUUCUCAGUGGGAUUCACAGUCUCCGUAAGUGCAUAGGACAAUCGUGCCAUCCUGAACGUCGGCCUUCUGCUAGCAAUCUAGUCCCUGCAGACCGUCCAGUCUAUAAACAGCUACAUGGUGUCCUGGAGUUGUCCCUCUUGCUGCCAUGGAGACACAGUAAACAGAGGGUCAGUCUGAGAGAAAGAACCAGAGCCAUCCAGCCUCCUCACAGGAGGCAGGGUUUUCUGUCUAGACUCUGUGCUUUUCCCACAUUUGUUUUUAAUGGAGCAAAUUCUCACGCUCUUUUAAGCACUUGAUAAAUAUAUCUGGGAACAGAGCGCAAACCCCAGUUAACAUCCAUGCUUAGAAGGCACAGUUUUGCCCAAAAUCAUCAUGUACUCACUCUCAUGUUGUUCCAACCCCCUUGAAUUUUGGAACAUGAGGGUGAAUAAAUGACAGAAUUUUCAUUUUUGGACAACCUGUCCCUUUCAUUACUAGAGGGGGUACUUGAUGUGACAGCCUGGGUUAGAGAGGGAUUUUCUGGUGUUAGGGGUUCCUCGGUUUGAUGCAGCUCAGACCAUGACAAACAGCUCGUCCCUGGCACACCAAACAAGGAGCUGUUCAAGCCUACAAUACAAGUGCUCUCAAGCUAGAAUUUGGCCUUCAUAUAAAGAGCACAGUGCUCCAGUGCCGUGUAGUGCAGUACAGUAUGCUCCUCUCUGUGUAGGUACUUUGGAAACAAGUAUCACGUGCACGAAUGAUUGUAUUUCAUACAUAUAGCUAAUAAAUAGGAUGACAGACAGAAGCAUCACUACACCCUUCUGGUACAAAUGUGAAAACUGUGAAACUUAGCAAUUUGACGAUUUAUAUCCAUAUAUCCAAAACUGUAUCAAAAAAGAGAGUUUUAAAAUGUCCCAGGUGU